AUGGAUUCAGAAACAGAUCUGUAUGCAAUGUGGCACACGGAGCCAGGAAAAUUCUAUGGUCUUCGAGCUGAAAUGAGUAUAUGGGGUUCACCUAAUCAAGAAAACUCUCAAGAAUCCGGAUCAGCCAUACAGAUCUACUGUCAAGAAGGGGAACACUACAGCUUAAUUGAAGUUGGGUUUCAUGUUUCCCCCUCUUUGUAUCAUAACCGAGACGUUCGAUUCUUUACAUACACGACGAGGGACACCAAAUCUGCAGGCUGCUAUAACUUGCAGUGCCCAGGAUUUGUCCCUGCAAGAGGAGCUGCGCUAGUGCCUGGCCAAGCUAUUUCUCCCCCAUCAAUUUAUGGCCAAGCCGAUCACUACGCCAGGCUUAGCCUAAACAAGGAUCCGAAUUCUGGGGAUUGGGUGGUGUAUCGACACGAUUUAGACCGUCCAUCAUUCUUGGGGCAUUUUCCAGGACAACUUUGCCCUGGAGAAUCACGAAUACAAGCCCUGACAGGAUUUGUUAAUUACCUAAAUAAUACACAUGGCCCUCCAAUGGGAAGUGGUCAAUUCCCAGAUGAUGAAGAUGAUAAGAGAUCUGCAUACUUUAAGCAUAUUAAGAUCUACGAUGCCAACGGCCAUGCUCGGGACCCAAUUACAACUCACAUGAUCAAGUUAGUUGACAGGCCAGAUUGCUACAAAGAAACUGACUUCACUGUUAAAAUCAAUAGGGGCUACAUAUUUUACUAUGGUGGUCCAAAUGGUUGUAUUGGUUGA